CGAUGCAAAUAUUAGUAAUGUCCACUUUUUUUUUUUUGGUCUUCAAUCUUUGUUUCUGAAAUUUAAAGGGAAAAAAAAACCUACCUUUAAUCUUGAAAACAAAAGGAUACGGCCAUUCAUAGCUUAGAACUCUUUCAUUUGCAAGCCUCUGGAAUUGCUAUCAUCGCUGGACUAAUUCACAACUUUUGGAAAAUCACAAGGGAAAAAAGUCAUUAACAAUGUUUGGAGUAGUGUUCCCAAAUCGAAGCUUCCCUAUGGAUAUCUCCACCUUUGCUCAAAUAGACCCCACCCAUUGGGUCCUUGACAUGAACACCUUUGUUGGGGAAGCGUAUGAUUCGAUUCGUGAAGUCUGCAUAUUCCUCCUCAACAACUUCACGCUGCCACCAGACAAGGCCCUCGCUGUGUAUAUCCAAUCCCCUGGCUCACCUUUCCUCUUUUGUGGUGCAGUCACACUGACUCGACCCUCUGCUGUGCUGUCGCUUCCUUGGCCAGAGCCCGGUGGGCAACUGCAGCUCACUGCUGAUGCAACUCCAAUCUCUGCCAAGAUAGGUAUUUCAGUUGAGGAUCUUGCAACACUUCCCUCCCUUGAUGUGGCUGCAGGGCAGAAAAUUGAGAGGUUGGCACUGAAAGUUGGCGAGAAUUUAUUCAAUUUUAUGCAGUCAUUUUGUGGAGUGGAUGGCAGUAAGCUGGUGGUGCCUAUGGAUAUAUUGGAUCGCUGGUUCAAGAAAUUCCAAGAACGUGCAAAGCGAGAUCCAGAAUAUUUGAAGGGCUUCGCUUUAUAGUUGGGAUGGCUGGUAAGGACAUCUUCAUGUAUGAAGGUUCCUCUGUUUUCUCUUUGGAGGAUUGUGAUGAGAAUAUAAUGAGUUAAUUGUUGUAGGAUUGUGGUAUGCCAUUGUUCAGUAUUUGGUUAAAAGUUUGGGCGACAACCUUUGACUAAUGUUGAUCAUUAGAAAUGAAUUACAAUCUUAUCAUUUCAGUUCCAGUAGAAGGGUGUAAACUCAGCUUUUCUCGUCUUUGUUGUGCUAAUUAUGUUCAGAGAUUUGUGUUCAAAAGGAAUAUCUAUUUAGAAAAACCCCAUUUCUGGUAA